CAUUCAUGAAAUUCAUAAUACUCUAAAUAGCGGCGCGGCUUGUUUGCCUUGCAACCAAACGAAUUUUUAAAGCAGUUUUUACAGAUUUUACAUUAUCUUACAUUGUAUUUAUCUUUAUUUUAUUUUCGUAAGAUUUUUAGGACAAAUAAUGGCUGACGAAGAUGUUAUCCGUAGAAGACUGCUAAUAGACGGAGAUGGUACUGGAGAUGACAGACGGCUGAAUGUUUUGUUGAAAACCCUAAUAAAAUGGAGUAAUAGUGUUGAUGACAAACCCGAAGAGAGUAAAUCAACACAUGACAGGAUGCUCGCACAAAUAGCUCAAUGUGAGUUUGCCGUUACUAAGUCACAACUUGGAUCUGAAAUGAUGGCCGCCGAGCUUAAGAGCUAUGAAGAUCUAUCACAAAUACUAGAAACUGGUAUAGAAGUUGCUAAAGGGAAUAUUGAAAAAAGUAAAGGUGACCUUGCCCAAGCUAAGACUGUACGUAAGAAUAGAAUUGAGUAUGAUGUGUUAGCUAAAGUUAUCAGUGAACAGCCAGAUAGGAGAGAGACUUUAGCUCACCUAAGCACUUUGAAAACGGAACUGAGUAACUUGGAAUCUACAAAGCAACAACUGGAAAGCCGUUUAGCAUUAAGAAAGAAACAAUUUCAUGUAUUAGUGACUUCAAUACAUCAGUUGCAAGCCCUUCUAGAUGAGCCUGAUGAUGUGGAGUCAAUUUCUGAUGAUGUUGAAAUGAAAGAAGUGGAAAAUAGCUCUUGAUUUGUGUUUAAGUUUAAUUUAAAAUUAUAUUAAGAAUAAUGAGCAUUUUUAUUUUGUGUAAUUAGUGUGCUCAGGGAUGUGACAACGGCAUCACUGAAUAAAUUCUAAUUUUAUUCCA